AUGGCUCGCAAUGUGUUAGAAGAUGACGGAGCUCAAGAAGUUGCUCAUGUGGAAGAUGACAAACAUGGCGAGGGAAAAAUUGUUGAUGUUGAAGACAGGGAAGAGUAUUUCGUUAAGCCCUUAUAUACUUACUACUGUACGUGUGGUCAGAUGGCUAUGAUUAGCGAUUGCGUUAUGAGUAGAAUGCCACAGAGAAAACGGGAUCGUUCUCGCGUCAUAGAUCCGGCACGUACAACGGCUAAAACAUUCAAAGUUGUGGGAGAAACAGUUUAUGUAAAGAGACACGAGGGCUUGGAGCAACAAUAUAGAAAAAAUUGCACAAAAUGUAGUGUGCCGCUCUUUUAUCAACAUCCCUCCAAUUUGAAGUUAACAUUCAUUUUUGACCAAGCUUUGUUAUCGGCUAAAGAAGUGGGAGGAUUCAGUGGUAACAACGAAGAACAAAGAGCUAAGAAGGUUAUUAUGAAGAGGAAUGUAAAAAAUCAGGGUAAAGUGGGUUCAGUCACAGUAUCCACAAUGGAAGGUGAAGAAGAGGAUGAAAUCGAAGCUAGAGAGACGGCAGAAUCAUAUUCUAUGAAUGCUCGUAUUGUUCAAGAAGCAUUAAAACGGAAAGGAAUGAUUAAGAAUCGAAUGUUGGGUAAAGAAGCAAGCGGAGAAGGAGCAAGCAGAAAACGAGGAACCUUAUUAUAA